CCCGUCUAUAAACCUUGGCGUGAAACGUCGGAUCGAGUGACGUUUUGGAUGUGUGUGUGUUUUUAAUUUGGAACAGCAAAGAAGGAAAAGAAAAUAUUUUCAUUCCAACGUAAAACUUGUGUGUUGAGUUUUAGUGAAAGUUUUAGCCCAUUCCUACGAGUUUUCGGUUCGCAUUACGGGUUUUGUUGGCUGGUUUUGUUUCCCAAGCAGUUUGAUCGUGCAGAAUAAGGGUUUCUUAGCUAGAUCGUUGCUGACCUCAAAUGCAUACGCACUCCGUAGUCACGAAGGCCACGGGCAAUGUUGGACGGUGUACAAAGGAUGUGGUAUGAUAAUUUAAUUUGCUGCUCGGUCGCGCUUUUGGAUGAAAGUACGGUGGUAGAAUAGUUCGCGAGUUGCCGCAUCGGACGCAUAACGGCGCCGUUUGCGACAUGUCGCACAGCCCGCCCAACUACAUGGACGGCGUUCCGGUGAAAAUAUCCGAACGCUUUAAACCUCCGCCAAAGAUAGUGCUCCCGCAGGGUGUUGUUAACCGUCUGAAUCAGUACGAUGUGGGGCAGGUACUGCAUGACUCAUGUUACGAUGGCGAACUGGAAGACACGGUACUUAAGAGAAUAACGGAGUGGAAAGCGGUGAAGGAGCGCGAACGCUACGAACGGAAGGUGCGGUUACAGGCCAGGGAGCAGGAACGGAUGCGGGUGCUCGAGCAGGAACAGAAGCAAAAGCUGAAUCAAAUAUCGUACCCCAAUACGGACGAGCUGUCCAGCGCUAGCGACGAUAAUGAUGCCGAUGGCGAUGGCCCAACGGCUGGCCGGGCGAUGAACGGGUCCGACGAUGAGUACGAGGAAGAGAACGAUGAGUCUGCCCCGUCCGGCUCGUCGGACGAGCGCACCGCCAAUGUAAAACCGUUCGAUCAUAUGAGCCAGCUGAGCUCGAUACUGGUACCGACUGUGAUACGGGACACAGUGCCCAGUGCUGUGUCGCACGCACCGGCAGCAUACCCAAAUGUACUCGUUAAAGCAACUGCUACUACCAUUCCAAAGACGGCCCAGUCCGAAAUGGCGACGUCGCCGCCGAAUGCCACGUUUGGGAGCAACAACAAUAAUAAUAACAAUAAUUAUAACAAAAUCAAUUACUCGGACUUUGAAAACGAUACGUCAAGUCCGUUCGAUAACAUGGAGCUGCGUACGAUCAACGAUUUAGACAUUUUGGCUCAAGUGUUGAAGCAAAACGCUACGCUUAUGGCUAGUCCAGUGAAUGAGGUCGAGAGGCAGACAGCGCAGGAACCGCAGGAAGCAACAACGGACGCGAUACAGCCGGUGACAACUUCCUCGACGGUGCAGACCACGGAACAGCGGCCACCACCACAAGAGCAACCGCAGCAGCAAGCGCUUCACAAUCCCUCUCCCAUUGCAACCAAUCCGUACAACGGUACGGCAUACACCACGAAUCAGCAGUAUUCGAUGUAUCCGGCACAGUAUCAGCAGCCCACUCAAACAACGAUUGCCUCAGCCGGUGUGAGUGAGUAUCUUCCGUCACCUUACAGCGCUUACCAGCCGUACAGUAAUUAUGGCACGCAGUACGAAACCCCGACGGCACUGGCCGCAUCUUGCUACUCGAAUUAUGCCAGCUCUGCAUACCACGUCAGUCCGUCAGUUAGCCAAAAUCACCAGAGCUCCUCCUACUCACCGGUCGUUACGAACUAUGCGUACGGUUAUCAGCAACAGCAGCAGUCAUACGUUACGGCACCGUCUAGUUCGAUGGCGAGCGGUACCGGGACCGCUACCUACGCCCCGAGCUAUGGUUACAGCAACACCACCGCGGCCCAUAAGCAAACCGAUGGCUAUUACACUAACUAUCAGCCCGUGUCCUCGUCCGGUGGUGCAGCAGCAUAUCCUUCCAUCUACACCACGGCCACCGGUUCGGUUGGACAGGCGGGCACGGACGGGCAGACGGGACUGCGAUCAAAGUCUAGAAGUGUGCCGGAUAUUAUGCGACAGUUGGACGAUGAGGUGCAAGAUUCGGCGACUCGAAGGACGCGUAACAAUAGUCAAACGAUCGCCGAUCGUCAAACAACGGGCGGCAGUGAUAACUAUGCUGUAUCUAACAGCACAGCCGAAAGGAGUACCGUGGACUAUACUAUUUACAAUCAGCUAACGCAAACCGAUCAAAACAUUGUGAAACGGAUUAGCGGCAUGGGUUUCCCACUGGAACGGGUGGUGUGGGUACUGAGGCGCAUCGGAAACGACGAUAAAAAGAUCGUCGAACAUCUUAUACCGCUGAGUGAGCUGCUGGAUCUUGGCUUCGAGGGAGAGAAAAUCUCAGAUGCACUUCUAAAGUUCGACAACAAUAAGCAUAAAGCGCUUGAUUACUUGAUUUCGUAGAAUCGUCGUCGGUUUUGGGUUUCUUCUACUGCUUGCCGCCGGAAUAUUGCAUAUUAUGUACGCCAGAGUACGCAGUUCGGCUUUGUGAAGAGGAAGACUUGCGAGACGAAUAAAGUGGUGCCGACUACAACUGAUCGCGUAGCUAGCGCAGCGUAGAAAGCGUAAACGAUGUGGUGGUUGUACUAUCUUUCGGAAUGUGAAGAGGAAAUCCACCGGAAGUAGCAGGUAAGGUUGCGGGCGGACGGUUAAUACAUGCAGAGAUAAAUUUAUUACCGUGUACACAGGUUGCAUAAAUAUAAAAUGGGUUUAUUAGCA